CCGGGGGGUGGGACGGUGGCCAGACCUGGUGGCAUGUUCUGCUACCACUGCCCCCCGGGUCUCCCAACACCACGAUUACCACCAACCCUCGAGUACCCAUUCGCCGCCACUCACCCUUACACUAGUUACUCUGCUUAUCAUCCAGCUUUGCACGGAGUCGGUGACGAUUUGUGCGUGAGGCGAAAGCAGAGGAGAAACAGAACAACAUUCACUCUUCAGCAACUGGAGGAACUUGAGACAGCGUUUGCGCAGACACACUACCCGGAUGUCUUCACGAGGGAAGAUCUGGCAAUGAAGAUUAACCUAACCGAGGCCAGAGUUCAGGUAUGGUUUCAAAAUCGUAGAGCAAAGUGGAGGAAAAGUGAGCGUUUGAUAGAAGAACAGAGAAAAAGGGAGGGCGGCGGAGGGGCUAGCGCAUUGGAAACGGCAGCCCUGGCGCCACCGACGUCUUCAUCGGCAGGUCCAAGUCCCACAGGACACGAUCCUGAAGGAACGACAAGCAGCAGCGCCCCCGAUGUGGAGGACGCCGGUCCAGAUGGAGCUGGCGGGUCAAGGAGCCCCAGCACGACUUCCGCCUCGGUCAGUCCGCGGCCCCAGCAGAGUCAGCCGUCCCUGGGUGGUGUCUCGACGCCACCUCCAACCCCCAUAAGGGCGCCACCGCCACCACCUAGCACUGUAGGUGGUCUCGGCCCACCCGGCGAGAGCGCUGCAGGGUUAGCGGCAGGUUUCAGGCCAGUCGAGCCACCCACGUCUCUGUUCUUCUCUCCUCACUUGGCGGCGCAGUUCUCACCGCCGCUGUUCGGCAACAAGGUGGUCAGUAGCGGGCCAACGUCCCUAACUUCAACGACACCUUCGCUCUGGACCUCGAGCGAUCAUCGAACCGGUAGCCUGCAGGACAUGCUGCCCUGGUCACCAGCUGGAUGGCCAGGUUCCCUGUGCGGUUGCUGCAAACCGGGAACAGGUGAUCUUCACAGGAACAGCAGCCUAGCCGAGUUGAGAAGGAAAGCUCAGGAACACACUACUGCCUCGGCGAUUCUUGGCGGGCUAGCAGGGUUUCCUGGCGGAUUACCUCUACCCCUGCCUCUGCCGUUACUGCCGCCGUUGCUCGGGCUGUCCAGGAGGCCGGAACACCAUCAUCACCAUCUGCCCAGCAUGGUGCAUCAGAUACAGCCGACCACGAAAGAGGAUCCCUAG